UAUUCUCGUGUCAAAUCUCCAAAAAUAUAGUAUCUCUUCCCCCUUAGCUGCCUCUUUCUUUCUUGUAGCAACUUCGGCUUCUCUUCUCUAAAAUGGGGAAAAAGGAGGAGCCGGUGGUUUUCUUCUUUUAUCUGCUCUCCUCGUUCGCUCUUCUGUCUGGAAUCCAAGGGGUUGAAUGUUCAUCAUCAACUGAACAACAUCUGGAGAAAAGUAACGGUCACCAUCAUCGUCUUGGUCUCUCAAAGCUGUUUGUGUUCGGAGACUCUUACGCUGACACAGGGAAUAUCAGAAAGUCAGUAUCAAGUUCUUGGAAGCUACCCUAUGGAAUCACUUUUCCCGGUAAACCAUCCGGCCGUUUCUCCGACGGUCGCGUCUUAACCGACUACGUAGCAUCAUUUAUGGGAAUAAAGUCUCCAGUACCAUACAGAUGGAGGAAGAUGGGGAGGAAAUCAAUGAGACACGGGGUGAACUUCGCUUGUGGAGGUACAGGCGUGUUCCAGACUAUGGUCUCGGAGCCAAACAUGACCACCCAGAUCCUCUUCUUCCAACGUUUGAUCCAACACCAUCAGCGUCACUUCACACAGGCCAACCUCGCUUCCUCUGUCGCUCUCGUCUCCCUCGCCGGCAACGACUACGGUGCUUAUAACGCUCGCAAUGGCUCUGCCCAGGGUUUGCGGGUCUUCAUUGCUUCUGUGGUUAAUCAACUGGUAUUGAACCUAAAACGUAUCCAUGACUUGGGAGUGAAGAAAAUAGCAGUUACGGCUUUGGAACCUCUGGGAUGUCUUCCUCAGAACACAGUGAUGGCGUCUUACCUGCAAUGCAAUGGAUCUCUGAACAUGGCCGUCAAUCUCCACAAUGUCCUGCUUCGACAAGCUGUGGCCAAAUUGAACAACGAGACCAAGGACUCUGCUUUCCAUAUCCUUGAUCUCUAUGAUGCCUUCAUGUCCACAUUCAAGAGACAUGCUAACCAUGCAGGAAGGAGCAUCUUGAAGCCAUGUUGCGUGGGUGUGAGGGAGGGGUUGUCAUGUGGGAGUGUGGAUAAGAAAGGUGUGAAGCAGUACACAGUGUGCAAGAAGCCUAACUCUGCAUUCUUUUGGGACGAUGUUCACCCAUCACAGUCGGGUUGGCGAUCUGUCUAUAGAGCUUUGCAGGCUUCCCUGUGCCAACUCUACCAUUAACUCUCUUCAAUUCUCCUUUCUUUACAUCUAAUUACAUUGUGAAAACGCUAAAAUUAACCAUUUUCUAUCGACUUUAUUUUGAUAGUUAGUGGAAUUCAUUUGGGUCUAAA